GUUGACCUGACCAAGCGUAGCUUCACAAGUACAGGUACUGGCUACUUGUCUUGCUGUGUAACGACCCGCAUUCCUCGCUACCUUACGAUCCCACUCCGUCGCCUAACCUACGCAUACAACCCGACAGUGUAAUUUCUAUUUGUCAACUCUACCAUCAGGCCAGAUGCGUUCGUCUUCGGUCAUUGCUGUUGCUGUUCUACUCUCUGCCCCUGUCCUCGCCGCCGCAAUCCCCUACCCGUUCGCCCCGAGUGGUGAGGUGACGCAAAGCUUCCCCGAACAAUUUCGCGCGGAGAAAGGCCUUCCACACGAGCCGCACGGCCCUCACCGCGUCCAUCGACCCGACUUCAAGCAGGCUCAAGGCCGUCUUGAGCGUCGCUCCCGUCGAGCGCUUCAACGCAGGUCGCGGACGGACGCCUCCGGUGCCAUCUCUGUCGGGGGCGCCCUGAAGGUGGGAAACGACGCAGUUCAAAUUGGCAACGACGUCUAUGACGCCUACGAAGCGGGAACAGACGCGUGGAAGACGUUCAAGGGGCGGUCCGUGGGCUCUGGAGCUAUUUCUGCAGGGGGCGUCUUGCGCGCAGGAAACGAUGCCCUUCAGAUUGGUAACGAUGCCUACGACGCGUACGAGGCUGGCAAGGAUGCGUAUCAUCAGUUCAAGGGCCGAGCAGCGGGCUCUGAAGCCAUCUCGGCCGGCCAAGUGUUCCAUGCAGCGACGGACGCAUGGAGCAUCGGAAACGAUGCGUACGACGCAUACGAGGCAGGCAAAGAUGCCUAUCACCAGGUCAAGGGACGCGCGAUGGGCUCUGAGGCCAUCUCAGCAGGUCAAGUAUUUAAUACGGCGAAGGAUGCGUGGACCAUCGGGAACUACAAGGUGGGGAAGGACGCAUGGUCCCAGAUAAAAUCGCGGUCUGUGGACGCUCGGGCGGUCUCCGUAGAGGCCGGGGACGAUGCAGGUUGGCAUUAAUGACGUCUACGAGGCGUGGGGCCGUACGCUGCUGGACUUGUUGGACUGCGUGGCUAGCGAUGACGAAUAUUAUUGAGGUUGCUUGAUGCGGCAUUCCUGGCUUAGGAAAGGCGUUUCGCACGCCCGAGAGGCACUGCGAGAGGCAGCAGUGACGAGUGCGAUCGACUUGGCGGGUGGCGUGUGGGCGAGGCAACGCCGUUCCCACCGGCCCCUACAGCCUGCCAGCCGCGCUGCCGGAUUGAAUUGUUCUUGUGGCCGCUGUUGGCAUCUCGUCAGCCGCAUCUUGUGGCUGGCACGAGACCGUCUUGCGGCAACGAUCGACGCCCGCCGUAUAUAUACGCUCGUGUCCGUCACAAUUUCUGCAGC